GAUAGAGUUGCGCGCUCUGUUGCAUAGUCCUCACGACACAACUCCAGUCGGCCAGAUAUAUCUCUCUCAGAAGGAGGAAAAUGACGCAAAAGCUUGUUAUAGCGGCCAAACGCAAUGGGGACAUAUUGACUCCGAUAUUGGAUUUGGAGAGGAAUAAAGCAUGAUGGUUGUAUAAAACGCACAGGGUGCCAUUUUCAGUACUCUACAAACACCUGUCAACAGCUGAAAGAUGAAGUUUGGGAAGAGCAUCUGUAUCCUUAAUGUGGGUGGCACAAAAUAUGCGUUCUCUAAGGAUGUGAUAAAAGAUUUCCCUCUGAGUAGAGUGAGCCGUUUGCACAAAUGCGCCUCGGAGAAAGAGGUACUGGAAGUGUGCGACGACUAUGAUCGGGAACGGAACGAGUUUUUCUUUGAUAGGCACUCCGAGGCUUUUUGUUUCAUCAUGCUGUACGUGAAGUACGGGAAGCUACGUUUUGUACCGCAGAUGUGCGAGCUGUCAUUCUAUAACGAGAUGAUUUACUGGGGGCUGGAGAGCUCACACUUGGAGUUUUGCUGCCAGCGGAGACUGGAUGAUAGGAUGUCCGACUCAUACAUUCAUUUCUCCGAAGAGGAAGCCAAACUCGAGGAAGAAAUGAGGGGCGAGAAUUUGGUGACUCGCGUGGUCACAGAGAGAGAGGACUCAAAGUGGCUGGAGAGAAUGAGAAUAACUUUUGAUGAGCCGACUUCAUCCGUCGCAGCACAAAUAUUGGCCUCAGUGUCCGUUAUAUUUGUUAUAGUGUCCAUGGUGAUGCUUUGCGCGAGUACUUUGCCAGAUUGGAAAACCGCUGAGAACAGCAGCGUGGAGGAGCACAGGUACAAUCCAGACUCUUUAGACCAUCCAUCCGGGAUCAUCGAGGCUGUGUGUAUCAGCUGGUUCACCGCUGAGUGCAUCGUGCGCUUCAUCGUGUCGCGGGACAAGUGUGAGUUUGUCAAACGGCCCCUCAACGUCAUCGAUCUACUAGCCAUCACGCCCUACUACAUCUCCAUCUCCAUGACGAUGCUGACAGGUGAGAACUCCCAGCUGCAGCGGGUGGGCGUCACCCUGCGUGUCCUGCGCAUGAUGCGUAUCUUCUGGGUGAUCAAGCUGGCCCGUCACUUCUUGGGUCUGCAGACUCUAGGGCUGACACUGAGGCGCUGCUACCGGGAGAUGGUGAUGCUGCUGCUGUUCAUCUGCGUGCCCAUGGCUAUCUUCAGCGCUCUUGCCCAGCUGCUGGAGCAUGGCCUGGACUUGGAGUCGCCCAACGAGGACUACGCCAGCAUCCCCGCCGCCUGUUGGUGGGUUAUUAUCUCCAUGACCACUGUGGGCUAUGGAGACAUGUACCCCAUCACCGUGCCUGGGCGAGUGCUGGGUGGUCUGUGCGUGGUAAGUGGCAUCGUGCUCCUGGCGCUGCCCAUCACCUUCAUCUACCACAGCUUCGUGCAGUGCUACCAUGAGCUCAAGUUCCGCUCGGCCCGCUGCACACGGAGCCUGUCCGCAGAGUUUCUCAACUGAGGGACCAGUGACGUUGCAGGAGGGCUAAUGGGGGGGUGCCACCCCUCGCUACUCCUCAACACCUCUUCAUCCACCCUAGAACUGUGUAUCGAUCCAAAACGUGGCCUCUUUCAUUGUCUCAAACAUAUUUUGUUGACGUAUCCCUCGUCUUUGAACAGCAGUUGUUGGGGUUAUGUGUUUUGAGGUUUGCAUACAGCACAGCCUUCAACCUUCAACAGUCAAGUCCAAGUAGGAAAUAAUGGAACCCGAUGGGGACUAGGACAGUUUCCAAGGCUGCCAUGGUGACAGUGGUUUUCAGGGCAGAGGGCAUCUGGAUCAUGUCAGACCAGACAGAGGCCUUCACAUACUGUGGAUUACACUUCUGGCUGGCAUUCUCCUCAAAAGAGAUUUGAGUUGUAAUGUCAUUUUCAAUCCCACACUCUGGCAGUGUCACAGUGUGGAGAUGGAAGGUAUCAUUUCGCUUCUCUUUCUUAGAUAAUUUCUUUCUAGUAUUCCUUCGGCCAGUGAGUGAACAACAAUGCAUUACAAAGAACCAAAGUGUAUUAGUACAGUGUACACUGUAUGUUCCCUUUAAUCUUUCACUGCAAUGCUCAUCUUUCUGCUUUUAUCUUGCGUACACAAACCUGACAGAUAUAAAGAGCACAACACUUUGUGAAUUUGAAUGAGCCCAUUUACAACUCAAACAUGGUCACAUUUUAAACCUAUUACCUAUUCCACCUGAAAACCAACCAAUGCGAAAUGGCUUUGAAAUGUAUUUUUCGCAGAAACCAAGAGGGGGGGUGGGAGGGUUUUAACAAGAAAGAGUACAAUACCGUGUGGGUCUGUCAGCUCAGCUGUGUAGGCAGGUCUGUAAUGUGGAACACCGAGCCACAGAUCGAGAGUGUGUCAUGGAGAGACGGGUGGUUCGGCUGACACCACACAGUGCAGUGCGGAAAGGGCAUGCCUGCCUCAGCCUCGAGAGCACUGCGAGUCUUCUAACUGGAGGAGUGUAACCAUUUGUGGCUGGUGUCAAAACCUUGGGAGUCUCUACCUGUCACAACAAAGGCACUCGGCAUGCCCCCCCCCCUCGGUACUGUAUGUCAAAACCACCACAGCCUUGGUAGGCACUCCUCUCAAUGUUGUUGUCUGGCCCACCUGCUUCUCCUCGACAUACUGUCGACGCCAUGUUUGAGUGGCUUGUGUGACGCAUUCGGCCUCCUCUCCUGCCAGAGUGAAUUCGGGUGAAUCUGAAAAGCUUUCAUCAUGACUUCACUCAUUUCUAUGGUGGGGAAUUGGGAAUCGGAUCAUCAUGUGUUCUCUUCACAUCAGCCUGCUUCAGGGUAUACUACCUGUUAUCGCUAACAAGUACCAUUUCUCUUCUCUCAGAUUGUGCAUAUUUCGUUUUUUGCCCUAGGACUACACAGCUGAUUUAAAUAACCAACUCAUCAUCAAGCUUUGCUUAUUUGAAUCAGCUGUGUAGUGCUAGGGCAAAAACCAAAACGUGCAGCAGGACCGAGUUUGGGAAACCCUGCUCUAUUUGAUGUGAUUGGUAUUCACCGCCGGGAAUACCAGUCUAAUUGUACUAGUGAUGCUGGUUCUGUUGACACAGAUUUGGUGUUCCUUUGCUUUGUCUCAGCCCCAUCUGCUGCCUCUGAUCUGCCCUGGCUUUUACUUGAUUCAUCAGGGAUUCUAACUGCUGCAGGGGGGACUGAGACUCUGACACCAUAAAAAAUCCAAACAACAUACAGACCAUAAUAGCUGGACUUUCUCUAACCAUACUCUUUCCCUCUUCUUAGUCUGUUUGUCUCUCUGGCCCUCUUUCUCUCUCACACACACACAAACACACACAUUUACACAAAGUCCCAGUGGUCACUACUAAUUAUCUGGGAGUGCCCCAUUUCAAUAACAUGGGUAAACAACAAGAGAGUGGAUUUCACAUGUAUUUUUCCAAUCAAAACUGCACAUAUAAAAAGUCAGAAAGGUCAUCAUGAAUAAAAUUUCUGAGUAAAUCCAUUGACACACAUCUAAAGCGAAGUGGGAUUACAAAACAAAUCAGGCAAUAAAAACUAAUUUUGAGGAGAUUAAACAUGGUUCACUGGUUAUAAGACCAUUGAGUGACCUAUUUAAUGUCUGUCUGACACCCUGUCACUUUUGACAGUGCUCUACUCAAUGAAAUGUACAAAUACUCCACGCCCCACUCAGUGCAAUCUUGAUAUUUGGACUGGGAAAGUAUUACGUGAGUAUCUCUGUUGUCAUCACAAUAUGUAUUUUGCCAUUGGACUAAAACUGUGAAAAUUAAUGUGACGUGUGACAAGUAAAUGUGGACCGCUAGGGAGUUUGAUCCCUUGUGAAAUGAACGGUUCUGGAAAAGUUGCUGUUGUGUUCAGGAUCAGGUAUAAGGCAAUGGGAUUUUUGUUUUGUUGGAACAAAUGUUGUAUUUCUGAAUUUAGUAUUUGAGAAUAACUGAAGAAUAUUUCCACUACUGUAAACCCUUGUAGGACAUUUUUCUUUGCUCACGUUGGUUCUGGAAAAGUUGCUGUUGUGUUCAGGAUCAGGUAAAAGGCAAUGGGAUUUUAGUUUUGUUCGAACAAAUGUUGUAUUUCUGAAUUUAGUAUUUGAGAAUAACUUGAGAAUAUUUCCACUACUGUAAACCCUUGUAGGACAUAUUUCUUUGCUGACGUUGGAUGUAGUGGGGACAAAAGUGGCCCCACAUUUGUUACAAGACUUGAUAAAUAGUGACAUUUCAGAUAGGACCUGCAACUUCUGGAUACUCUACAGUACGUUGUCACACCCAAACACCUUCUGUGGGCCCCUCUAGCAUAUUGCUGCUUCAAUAGAAUGUACAAUUUGAACAGUGCAUAUGAUAUCUUUUGAGAAAACGGUUGUGUUUAUGCAAGCCAUAUCUACAAAAUGUUUAUAGUUUUUUCCGUUAUUUUUUAUGAAACCAGCUAUUUUGUAUAGAGCGUAUGUUUACAGAUAGAAAGGUUAUAUGGUUGUAUAUGAAUAAAGCAAAUCUGUCCAAUC